AUGACGAGGCGGGCGCUGCCCGCCGCCGCCGCCGCCGGACUGCCGCCGCCGCCGGCCCCCGGCACCCCCACCGGGCUGCCCAAAGGCUCGGCCAGCGCGGGGCCCCAGAGCCUGCCCAGGACGCCCUCGGCCACCACCGGCGGGAUCCGGGCCACGCUGACGCCCACGGUCCUCGCCCCUCGCCUGCCGCAGCCGCCUCAGAACCCGACCAACAUCCAGAACUUCCAGCUGCCCCCAGGUAUGGUCCUCGUGCGGAGCGAGAACGGGCAGUUGUUAAUGAUUCCUCAGCAGGCCUUGGCCCAGAUGCAGGCCCAGGCCCACGUGCAGACCCAGCCUCAGACCACCAUGGCGCCCCGCCCUGCAACCCCCACAAGUGCCCCUCCCGUCCAGAUCUCUACCGUACAGGCACCUGGGACCCCUAUUAUUGCACGGCAGGUGACCCCAACAACCAUAAUCAAGCAAGUGUCUCAGGCCCAGACGACGGUACAGCCCGCCACGGCACUGCAGCGCUCGCCCGGAGUGCAGCCUCAGCUGGUUCUGGGUGGCGCUGCCCAGACAACUUCCCUCGGGACGGCCACGACUGUUCAGACGGGGACACCUCAGCGAACGGUGCCAGGGGCCACCACCACCUCCACGGCUGCCACGGAAACCAUGGAAAACGUGAAGAAAUGUAAAAACUUUCUAUCUACAUUAAUAAAACUGGCCUCAUCUGGUAAACAGUCUACAGAGACAGCCGCUAACGUGAAAGAGCUGGUCCAGAACCUACUGGAUGGAAAAAUCGAAGCGGAAGAUUUCACCAGUAGGUUAUACCGAGAACUUAAUUCUUCACCUCAACCUUACCUUGUGCCUUUCCUGAAGAGAAGCUUGCCCGCCUUGAGACAGCUGACCCCCGACUCCGCGGCCUUCAUCCAGCAGAGCCAGCAGCAGCCGCCGCCCGCCUCGCAGGCCACCACCGCGCUCACGGCCGUGGUGCUGAGCAGCUCGGUCCAGCGCACGGCCGGGAAGACGGCGGCCACCGUGACCAGCGCUCUCCAGCCCCCUGUCAUCAGCCUCACGCAGCCCACACAGGUUGGCGUUGGCAAGCGGGGGCAGCCCACGCCGCUGGUCAUCCAGCAGCCGCCCAAGCCCGGAGCACUGAUCCGCCCGCCGCAGGUGACGUUGACGCAGACGCCCAUGGUCGCUCUCCGGCAGCCUCACAGCCGCAUCGUGCUCACCGCGCCUCAGCAGAUCCAGCUGAACCAGCUGCAGCCAGUGCCCGUGGUGAAGCCCGCCGUGCUACCUGGAACCAAAGCGCUCUCUGCCGUCUCGGCUCAAGCAGCUGCCGUGCAGAAAAACAAACUCAAGGAGCCCGGGGGAGGCUCGUUUCGGGAUGACGAUGACAUCAACGACGUGGCCUCGAUGGCGGGAGUAAACCUGUCGGAAGAAAGUGCACGAAUAUUAGCCACGAACUCUGACUUAGUGGGCACCCUGACGCGAUCCUGUAAGGAUGAAACCUUUCUCCUACCAGCGCCUUUACAGAGAAGAAUCCUAGAGAUCGGUAAAAAACACGGCAUCACGGAGUUGCAUCCGGACGUUGUGAGUUACGUAUCACACGCCACGCAGCAGAGGCUACAGAAUCUCGUGGAGAAAAUAUCAGAGACGGCCCAGCAGAAGAACUUCUCGUACAAGGAUGAUGACAGAUACGAGCAGGCAAGUGAUGUCCGGGCUCAGCUCAAAUUUUUUGAGCAGCUUGAUCAAAUUGAAAAGCAGAGGAAAGACGAGCAAGAGAGAGAGAUCCUCAUGCGGGCGGCCAAGUCUCGAUCCAGACAAGAAGACCCAGAACAGCUAAGGUUGAAACAGAAGGCAAAAGAGAUGCAGCAGCAGGAACUGGCGCAGAUGAGGCAGCGGGACGCCAACCUCACCGCGCUCGCUGCCAUCGGGCCCCGGAAGAAGCGGAAGGUGGACUCUCCGGGACCAGGGUCGGGGACGGAGGGGUCGGGCCCAGGCUCGGCGGUCCCAGGCAGCUCCGGCGUCGGAACCCCCAGACAGUUCACGCGACAAAGGAUCACGCGGGUCAACCUCAGGGACCUCAUAUUUUGUUUAGAGAAUGAGCGUGAGACAAGCCAUUCACUGUUGCUCUACAAAGCAUUCCUCAAGUAGCACAGGGCGGGCGCGGCGUCGCGGAUGGAGACGCCUGGGACGCUUUUAUAUAUUUGCAGAUGACGCCUUUUGUAACAAGCAAAUGGGAUAUUGUUUAAAAAACAGCCACCUCUUUACAACGGAACAGUUUUAUAUUCCUGUUUCUAAGUCAACUCUUCAGUGCGGAAGAAAACACGUUUCUGUAACAGAGAACACAGAGGCCCGUGGGCCCUCUUAAAGGACAAUUAACUCUUAACUCAUCUUUGAUUGAGUGGCCUUCUUGCCAAACAAGCCAUAUAUAAAAACUGAUGGAAUCGUUUAGCAAAUAAUUAGUUGCCCUCUGUCACCUCGUAGCGGUUUCUACAUUAUUUGUGCGUUUUGGUUCAUUCAACCCGACUUACUGCGUAGGUGUGUGUCUACAGCGAUGACCUCAUUUCAUUUAUUUUAUUUUUGUAUUAGUCAGUUGGCAAAGCAAACUGAUUUUUUAGACUAUUUAUCUGCCCGUCCCCUCCCUCGCCAGAGUCCCCGAGGAGCCCGGAGCCCACGGCGCGCCCGCGCGGAGCGGAGCCACCUUCCUGCUCAGGAGAGGCUGUGCCGCCGGCUCCUCCCGAGCGCGUGGUCGGCACCUGUACAGACGCAGUUUAUUUGCUGUAGUUUGUAAAGCUGUAAAGUUAAAAGAAAUGAAAACCUUUUCAGCAUAAAUAUAUUUUACUUGCACUGUGUUUUUUAGCUAAAAGUGGAAACUUAGAUGAAAUAAAAUCAAAGUUGAGAAGAAUCAUCAAAAGACUGUUUCUCAGUGUGAAUCAAGUGUUGAAAAAUGGUUGGUGUAUUUUGUCAGUAAUUGUACAUAAUUUUUGGCACAUAACAUAAAAAUGGCUAUGUAAACUAUAAUUAUUUUGCUAAGAGACUGUAAGCAAGCUGUGGGCCGACUUCGCAGAUGUCCAGAGCAAAGCCCCUUCUUUGUACCUAUUUUUUUAUUACAAAUAUACUAAUUGGUUCUUUAUAUUUUCAGAGGUUAUUGUAUUAAAUUGUCUAUUGAUAGUACUUUUAUGACUGUAAA